AUGCUCUCGAGAACGCUCCGCGCAGUAUCUCGCCGCGCUCUGACGACCUCGGUCCGUCCCAUCGCCGCCCCGGUCUCCCGCCAGCUCGCCCCGAUUGUCGCCCAGCCGCAACGGCGUAACUACCACGAGAAGGUUCUCGACCACUACUCCCGUCCUCGCAACGUCGGUACAUUGGACAAGUCGGAUGUUUCGGUAGGCGAGGGAUUAGUGGGCGCGCCAGCCUGCGGUGAUGUGAUGCGGCUUCAUAUCAAGGUUGACCCCGAUACCCAAGUCAUCAGCGAUGUGCGCUUCAAGACGUUUGGAUGCGGUUCCGCGAUCGCCUCGUCGAGCUACCUGACGGAGCUGGUCCGUGGCAUGACACUGGAGCAGGCCGCGAGAAUCAAGAAUACCGAGAUUGCCAAGGAGCUUUGCCUGCCACCAGUCAAACUUCACUGCAGCAUGCUCGCCGAGGACGCCAUCAAGUCUGCGAUCAACAACUACUACAAGAAGAACCCCAGCGUCAAGACAACCAACCUUGCUGGGACCGCUGCCAAAUUGGAGACGGCGGCGGCGGCGUAA